AUGGAUAUUUAUAAGAGGUGGCUUGGUGUUUCGAUUAGCCUGACAUCCUUAGGAAUUGUAUGUCAUUACCAGUUGACCCCGAAUAAGACUGUAGCGCUGCUCAAUAUUCGUUUGAAAGUGAAAGGUCGAUCAUCACUAACCAAAAUGCAAAACCAAGAUAACAUGUACACGCCAAGGAGUGCCCCACAACAGCAGCAUACAGCAGAGGAAUCGCUACCUAAAACAGGAUUGGAACGGUUACGUGACUACAUUGGACGAAGAUGUUGCUCAUGCUUCUUGAAGAUGCCAGUAGUGGUAAUAGUGAUAGCGAUCUGUAUCAUCGUCGCCCUCCUUCUGGCUCUCAUUCCAGCAGUAGUGAUCCUUACAAGCGCCGUUGAUAGCGAAGCUUUACGACAAGUCUCUGACGGUGUAGACAUGCAGAUUAUACGAGAUUCACAUAUCUUCCCAAAACCUGACCCACUUGGUGACGAGGACGAUAUCCUGGAUGGGUUACGUCGUGACGGUGUCAGUACCGUGCAUGGUAUACCUUCUACAGCGCUCUUUCCACCGAAUAUUUCGCUGUGUGAAGGUUUUGGUUUCGCCUGUACAAUUCAGCCGAGCAUGGUGAUCAGCACAGCGUUGCGCUGCGACGGAAAGAGUGAUUGCCCGGAUGGGUCGGACGAAUUGAAUUGUAGAGAGUGCCAGUCCGCAUUCUCGUGCUCCAUCUCAACCAAAUCCAAAGUGAAGGUGUGCCUUCGUGCCGAGCAGCUUUGCGAUGGCAUCACUCAUUGCCCUGAUGAGGAUGACGAACAGAAAUACUGCAAGAGCGAAUGUGAUGACGAUGAGUUGAGAUGUCCUUCAACUUCCCUUUGUCUUCCACCGACGUCAGUUUGCGACGGAAUCGUUGACUGCGACACAGAAGACGACGAGAACAACUGCAAAAAGUGCAAACGUGGAGCAAUGUAUUGUGAGCCCACAAAACGUUGCAUACCAGCCGGCCAACUGUGCGAUGGUAUUCCGCAAUGUCCAGAUGGCUCAGACGAAAAGGAUUGCGAUUGUCGUGCAUGUUCGGGAUCAGGAAAAGCGCUAUGUGCAGAUGGUACAUGCCUAGAGCGUUCAAGAGUUUGUGAUGGUAUUGUGGAUUGUAGUGAUGGCGUCGAUGAAGAAGAUUGCCCUGGAACAUGCAUUCUUGACAAAGAUGUAAAGAUCCCACAAGUUAUUUGUGCUGAUGGACGUCGUUAUCCACAAGCCGAGGCCUGCUCCGGUGUUAUUGAACAGUGUGCUUACAACUGCACAAAGUGCGAUAAGCAACUCGCGUUCACUUGUAAUGAUAAGAAAUGUAUCCCACAGAUGUUGGUAUGUGACGGAAUAGAGGACUGCUCGACUGGCGAAGACGAAAGUGACUGCAGUUGUGUGGGCUUGAAUAAGUUUGAGUGCCGUUCGGCAUCAGGCAAAACGAAGUGCAUCCCCAAGGACAAGGUAUGCGACGGUGUAUGGGACUGUAUGGAUGGAAAAGACGAGACUAAUUGUGGAUCGUGCCCUCCCUCUUCCAUCCGUUGUCCCGUCGAAGGCACAUGUAUCCCAAAAAUCUCACGAUGUGACGGUGUAGCAGACUGCCGAGACGGCUCCGAUGAAACAGACUGCACUUGCGAAGAAUGCAUUGGGAACCACUGGAAUACGUACAUGUGUGGCGCAUCAUCUCACUGCUUCAGAAGAGAUGAAGUAUGUGCCCCAUAUACCCUAUGCCCGAACGCUACCAAGGCUGACAAAGUCUAUUGCGCUGGACGAGCACUUCGUGGUGUAGACUGGUUGGAAUGA